AUGAACAAAACAGAUGAGAAUCAGUGGUUCGCGAUUUGGGAAAUUCUGUUCCCUGGAAAGCCGAAGCCACGCUCAGCGUACAUGAACCCGGACAUGUGCGAAGACCUUUCGGCUUUCCAAGAGCAUUUGAGUAACAAUGCUGCGGAAGUUGUGCAACAAGCGUUAGAGACUGCUGGGUUUCUUUGGCAUUUCACAACUGAGGAAGAAUCACAACAUCUUCGGAGGGUGGUCGACGAAGCUCUCUAUGCCAUGCAACAAGAAUGGUUAUCAAGUCGGACGAUUGUAAGACCAAUAGCAAGCGCAAGGCAUCCACAUACCCAAAACUAUCCCCGCAACUCUCUACCCGUCGGAGGACUGACGACUCCUACUGACAGCGGAAUUGGCUUGGGAUCACAGACUGACAGAUCAUAUCGGAGGCCAAGUAGCGCAUCUCAACAAGCAAAUCUGCCAGGUCCAGGAGAGCAACGAAACUCAACUGAGAUUGAGCCGCAGGUUUUGACAAGGUUGGAAAAUGCGGCUCGGAACCUGCCCAUUUUCGAUGCGCAAGCCCCUACGACAACUUUGGCCGCCCAGCCAGCACCGAACUCUUGGAUGUCACAGUCCCAUUCGACAGGGGUAACGGGACUCUUCGUACCCAGCUCGAGAAUGGCUGGAUUUGGUCCAAUGACUGGGGCAGUCUCACCAAUUGAUCUUUCGUUUUGGAACUUUGAGGAGGACAUGGGACAUAUUGCUCCCGGAACGGGGGGAGCAGGUACAGUGGGGGUUCCGUCACCAACAGUGGAGGCACCUUUGAAAAUGCACAAGAAAGUUACUACUGAGAUGGAACUUUUGCUUCAUUUCUAA